GUUACGAACAGUCAAUCCUGAUGGCAUCAUGGCCCAUUUGGCCUCGUAUCUCCUUCCAAUCCUCUUCCUCCUCUUCCUGCUGUCAUUCGUACACGCCAAGUUCAACGGCCUGAAUAAGAUACCUGGACCAACAAUCGCUUCCUUCACCAAACUCUGGCGUCUCUACGACGUCUGGCAAGGCCAGGCACACUGGACUGCUAUAAAGCUUCACAGAAAGUACGGCAAGCUUGUCAGGAUUGCUCCAAAUGUCGUCUCCGUUGGCGAUCCGGACGAGAUUCAAAGGAUCUACAAUAUCAAGGGAAACUUCACGAAGACGGCGUUCUAUCCGAUACAGAGUAUCUCCUGGCAGAAGAAGCCGCAGCCGAACCUCUUUUCGGAACGAAAUGAGGCAGAGCACCGUGAGCAAAGAAGGAAGGUGGCCAAUGCUUAUACGCUGGAGUCUCUGUUGAAGAUGGAACCUGCAAUCGACGAGUGCACCAAGCUCUUCCUCAGUAAGAUGGGAGAGUACGCCGAUCGCGAUGAGCCAGUGGACUUGGGACAGUGGUUACAGUACUACGCAUUCGACGUAGUCGGCGAGCUGACCUUUGCAAAGAAGCUCGGUUUCUUGGAAAAGGGUGGAGACGUGGACGGCAUGAUCGAGGCCAUUGAAGGAAUGUUGGUCUAUGCCUCGCACUGCGGCCAAGUCCCCGAGAUGCAUCCGUGGCUGCUCGGUAAUCCUCUAUUUUCAAUCAUGCUCCCUGCGAUGGAGACUUGGAAUGGCGUCCUGAUGUUCACGUUAAAGGCCAUCAAUAGUCGCACAACCUUGUCUCGGGACGGGGAAUUGGAGCUGGAGAAUCGUGUUGGUAACGACUUCCUUUCGAAGUGGGCUGCUGUCAAGGCUUUUGACCCGCUGAAGAUGAGCACGCGGGACGUCGUUGUGCAUCUUAGCGGCAAUGUCUUUGCCGGAAGCGACACCACGGCAAUCGCCCUUCGAGCGAUCUUGUACUUCCUCAUGAAGCAUCCCGACAAGCUUCGCAAGCUCCAGCGAGAAAUCGACGAUGCCCACAACGCCGGAAAAUUGAGCGAUCCCAUCAGCGACAAGGAAGCAAGAGACCUUCCCUACCUCAACGCCGUGGAGAAAGAAGCAAUGAGACUGCACUCCUCAGUGGGUCUGAUCCUCGAGCGUCACGUCCCUGCCGAAGGCGCAACUAUUUGUGGAGAGCUCAUUCCAGGCGGUACCAUCGUCGGGAUCAAUCCAUGGGUGUUGCAAUACGACCCCGAGGUGUUUCCAGACCCGGAGGCCUUCGUCCCGGAACGCUGGAUUGAUUCCUCGCCCGAUCGGCUGGCUGCUAUGGAUAAAUCGUUCUUCACGUUUGGUGCGGGUAGUCGUGCUUGUCUUGGACGGUACAUUAGUAUGAUUGAGAUGCGUAAGGUCAUUCCUCAGCUUUUGAGGGAGUUUGAUAUCAGCUUGCAGGGAGAUGAGGAAUGGAAGGUGAAGAAUGUGUGGUUCACGCAGCAGGAUAUGCCGAAGUGUAUCAUGAGAAGGCGGUCGAAGAUGGAAUGA